UUCUUUAUCUUUGACAAAGCUGUCAAUAAAUUAUAUACCUACUAACUUUUAACAAAGUAAAGAAUUGUAUACCUACGUACUAACUUUUAACAAAGUAAAAAAAUGGCGAGUUCCUCAAUUAACGAAAAAAAUAUUUUUUUCAUCAAUUUGAUUGAAAGUCGGGAAUGCAUUUAUAAAAAUACAUGUCCCGACUACCCUAAUAAAGUGGCGAUAGAUAUGGCAUGGCGAGAGAUUGCGGAAAGCACGCAAUGGACAGUGUCGGACUGCAUGGAGAAGUGGAGGAAUUUGCGACAUAGUUUCGUGCGAAGCCUCCGCAAUCCGAACAAGCAAUAUUAUUUGCACAACCAAAUGCAAUUUUUAAUGCCAUACAUAAAAAAAAAUGCAAAUACGUCAAUUGACGUAGAGUCGACGACAGUGGAUAAACGAUGCCCGAGUAGUUCCUUCACUGAGAACGAAAGGGCUAUGUGCUCAACAGAGAAGGAAAUAUGUCUGAGAAUAAAUAUUGAGCCGCCGCUACCUCAAUCUUCUGGCAAAAACAAAGCGGAACAACUGCUUUUAAAAUUUUUGCCACUAAUGGAGAGGGUAAUGGACAAGCAUUAUCCAGAGGUGGAACAUAAAAUAACUGGUGUCUUUGAAGAAGUCCUCCAAAGAAAGGAAUAUGAUAAUAAAAAAAAAUAA